AUGCCUGUUCCUCCCAUCAUGGACAGCGCAAGUCUCCUUGCUCCUUUCGAGCAUCGAUGGAGCGUUAACGCCCUCAUCGAUGACGUGCUCGAGGUUGGCCGCGACCUGGUGUGCGUCUCGUUCAUCAGGUCUACCGAGCCUUUCGAGUGGCAGCACGUCACAGGUGCACAGCUCGAUCAAUGUCUCCGCGCUGCAACUGCGUACUAUGCUAAGCACGUUGGCGUCAGACGUCCUGGCCAGCCGUGCAGGCAGAUCGGUCUGCUUUCCGACUCCACAUUCGACCUGCUCAUCACCCAGAUGGCCAUGAUCCGUCUCGGUUACGGCGUGGUACUCAUCUCGCCCAACAACUCGGUGCCCGCGAUCGUCCAUCUCCUCAAAGCCACCAAGUCCACCAAUCUCAUCUUUAGCACAGACAAGCACGACGACGCCAGGCAGGCUCACGAGCUGCUGCUGCAGGAACAGGAUAGCAAGCUCGAGAUUGUUCAGCUCUACCUCGUCCAAGAGGCGAUUCGGCUCGACCAGCUGCCACCGCCAACGACCAAGAAGGAUCCUUUCCAGCCACAGGUCUCGUACCAGCAGCAGGCACAAGAAGCUGCUUUCACUUUGCACUCCAGCGGCAGCACUGGCUUUCCCAAGCCCUAUACCUAUACCCACCAAACUUACCUCGUCAUCGUUGCCGACUACAUGCCCUACGAUGCAUUGUGCACCGCCCCUAUUUACCAUGGCUUCGCUUGUGCUGUCGCCUGGAGGCAGUUCAUUCACCACCGUCGACUUUACCUGUACUCCGGCACCAUCCGUCAUGACCUUAUCACCCAAGCCGUCCGUAACAGCACGAUCGAGAUCAUCUACGCCGUACCGUUCACAUUCAAGAUGUUGAGCGAACACAACGACAGUCUGGAGACGUUACGUGCCGCUAAGAUCUGCUGCUACAGUGGCGCACCCUGUCCCAUCGAGGUCGGCGACAUGCUCGUGGCUAAUGGCGUCAACCUGGUCGCCUUCCUUGGCGCAACCGAGGUAGGCCAGAUCAUGGACAGCAUUCGCGACUUUGCCAUUGACAAGGGCUGGAACGUGAUGCGUCCCAGCUCGCGCGUCGCUCCUUAUCUCAAGUUCGAAAACGUCGGAACCACCGAGGAUGGCCCCUAUGAGAUGGUCUGCAUCCAAGGCUGGAAAGGUCUCUCCAAGGUCAACCGUCCUGAUGGCAGCUAUGCAAGUGGCGAUCACUACCGCAUUGUCCGCAACGACGACGGCAGCAUUCGAGGAUACGUAUACCUCGGAAGGGGAGACGACACGCUUGUUCAUCUGAAUGGCGAAAAGACGAAUCCGGUGCCCAUGGAGCAAAGCAUCCGAUCGUCUCCCCUCCUGCGCGAUUGUCUCGUCUUCGGUGCUGGACAGCCUUGUACCGGCGCCCUCAUUAUUCCGUACGAGCAUACUUGGCAGGCAUACGCAGCCUUGUCCGAAACGGAUCGACAGGCGGCGCUCAAAAAGCAGUUUCAGCCAUUGCUCAACGAGCUCAAUUCUCGGUGCGCCUCUCACUCGCGCCUCGUCCCAGAGAUGAUUCUCUUCCUCGACCCCACCGCGCGCUUACCUUUGGCUGACAAGGGAAGUGUUAAACGUACUCCUGCCAACUCUCUCUUCGCACACCAAAUCACGCAGCUGUACACCGAGUUCGACCUCGGAACGUCGACCCCCGACGACGAAAAGGCAAUUAUUACAUCGCAAUCACAGCUCAAGAAGCUGGUGCAGAGCAUUCUGGAACGCUUUAUUAAUCUGACGCUGGACGGAAAGGAGGACGUCGAUCUCCCCAGCCUCGGCGUUGAUUCGGUCAUGGACAGUCAGAUCCGCAGUCAGAUCCAUCGUUCUGUUCGCAUGCAACGCCCUCUCCCCAACACGGUCGUCUUCCAGCAUCCAACUCUCAAUAAGCUUACAGCGGCGGUGUACCAACAGAUUCAAGGAGCAAAUACAAAUGGUGCAGCGACAGAAGCCACGAAUAAACAGCAAGAUGACAUGACCCUGCUACUACUCGAAAAGUAUCGAGCUCAACUCAAGGUCCGAGAUUCAAACUUGUCCGAUCGAGCGCCACGGGGUGACAAGGAGAUCGUAGUGUUAACCGGGGCCACGGGCUCUCUUGGUGCACACAUCCUCGACCAACUUGUUCGCAAAGACACGGUGGUCAAGGUCGUCUGCCUCAACCGUGCGGCUGAUCAUGCAGAAGCGGGCAAGCGCACAGACAAAUCGCUAAGCGCACGCGGGCUGGCGCCUUUAAAGGGCCGCAGCGGUGCACAAGUCGUUUCGCUGGCUGCCGACAUCAGCAAGCAUAAUCUUGGCUUGGCGCAGCAAGAGUACGACGAGCUUGCCAACAGCGUCACCUGCGUGAUCCACAACGGAUGGCCGGUCAACUUUGUCAUGUCGAUCGACUCUUUCGAGAAUGUUCUCCACGGCACGGUUCAGCUCAUAAACCUGGCAGGACAGAGCACCGCUUGCCGCUCGCCCCGCUUCGUAUUCUCCUCGUCUAUCUCUGUCGCGAUCAACAGCUCUGAGGCGAUGAUCCCCGAGAAGAUUUUCGACCACCUAGACUACACUUGUGGUCUGGGCUAUGCACGCUCAAAAUGGAUCGUUGAGAACCUGUGUCGCGACGCAGAAACGCUCGUCGGAGGCGAUUUCCGAUCGGUGGUGAUGCGCAUCGGUCAGAUGGCUGGCGACAGGUCGAUGGGGAUCUGGAACGAGACCGAAGCAGUGCCACUGAUGAUCAGGAGUGCUCAGACGAUCGGAUGCCUUCCCGAAGAGCAUGACGAUCUGUACUGGAUUCCUGUCGACGUUGUGGGUCUAAUAGCAGCUCAGCUCACUUCCGCGAGCUUAUCGAGCCACUGCGAGCUGGUCCACGUUCUCAGCGAAGACGCAAUGCCUUGGAAGACAGCAAUUGCAACGCUUGCUGAAGCGCGAAAUCUUGGCCAAACUUUUAAUCUCGUUUCGUACGCAGAGUGGCUGGAGCGGCUGGAUCGCUCGGAUCGCAACCCCUCGCGCAACCCCACGAUCAAGUUGUUGGAGCAUUAUCGCGCCAUGCAGCGCGACCCGCAGCGCACCUGUACAAAAGUUGGCAAGUUCGACACAACCAACCUCAGGACGAUCCUGGCUUCAUCUUCGGAGAACCAGCGGAUCCUCGAGGGGCUGACAGCUUAUCGGCCCGAGUGUCUGAGCCGCACCGUAGCGCUGUGGAAAUCUUCAGACUUCCUACGCUAG